ACCACAUGUGUUCGCCUUGAGCGACAACGCGUACCGUUCGCUGACCGAGGAAAACCGCGGCCAAUGCAUUCUGAUCUCGGGCGAGAGCGGUUCGGGCAAAACGGAAGCCUCGAAGAAGGUCCUGCAGUUCAUUGCCGCGGCCACGGGGCACACGACCAGCGUCGAGGGCGUCAAGGACAAACUGCUGCAGAGCAAUCCGGUGUUGGAGGCAUUCGGGAAUGCCAAAACGAACAGGAACGACAACUCUUCGCGCUUUGGCAAGUACAUGGACGUGCAGUUUGAUUUCCGGGGUGCACCGGAGGGGGGAAAUAUUUUGAACUACUUGCUGGAGAAGAGCAGGGUGGUGCACCAGAGCAUGGGGGAGAGGAACUUUCACAUUUUCUAUCAGUUGCUUGCUGGGGCUGAGGAUGGAUUGCUGCAGGAGUUGCAUUUGAAGCGGAAGCUAGAUACGUAUUACUAUCUGACGGAUGGGGACAGCAGCAACGGUUCGUCUAUCAGAGAUGCGGACAACUUCCGACAGGUGCAGACGGCUAUGUCGGUGAUCGAGAUUCCAGCGGACGAGCAGAAACUGAUCCUGGAGAUUGUGGCUAGUGUGCUGCACAUGGGCAAUGUAGGAUUCACCGAGGAGGAAGGAAAGGCCAAAAUCCUGAAGCCGGAGUCAGUAACAGCGAUUGCGAAGGUGAGUAUAUAAGUAAUUAGUGAAGUCUAAA